CCGCGGCCUCAGGGGAAACGGGAAUUUCCUCCCUGCAGAUCCCAGGCCCGGACCGGACGGGAUCGGGAGGGCCAGGCCGAGCCCCGGGGCUGAUGCCCAGCGGAGGAGAGAAAUCCGUCCCCGGCGCGUUCCUUCCGAAAAAAAGUAGGCCGGACGCGCCACGGCUGAAGCGGAGAGAUGACGUGCGGGGUCCCGUGGGCGCUGGCCUUGGCCGUGCUGGCGGGAUUGGGGCCGGAGCCCCCCGUCGCCGGUCAGAGCUGCCCUGUCGAGAAGCGGGAGGGCGUCGUGGUCGACAUCCAGGCGGCCUUCUCACGGGGCAUCCGAAGCAGUGAGCCGGAGUACUCGGCCACGGAGGAAGCCUGCCUCCACGCUUGCUGUCUGGCGAAAAACAUCUCCGGGGACAAGGAGUGCAACUUGAUCAUUUUUGACACCCGGAAGACCAGGAACCAACAAAACUGCUAUUUAUUCUACUGCCCCAGCGAGGAAGCCUGCCCAAUGAAGCCGGCCAGAGGCCUGGUCAGCUACAGGAGGAUUCGAGAUUUUCCACCCUCGGACAACACCGAUUUGCCAAAUAAAAACGCAAGCUCGGAAGCUGAACCCGUGGGGGUUAAAUCUUCUGUUGCGCCAGCAGCCACAUCUGACCCACAGCAUCCGCCGGAGAUGAAUUCGACGGGUGUUCUGUGGGAAGAAGAGAGUUCUAAGACAUCGGGAUUACCCGACGCCUCGAGGAAACGGUGGGAGGAGACCGAUCGGAACACUCAGAUUCCCCCGUACGGAAAGACAGUUGACGGUCUGGGAUCUUCCCAGGAACAGGAAAGAGCUGAUCUGUUGCCCCCAAAUGGGUCUCUCAAUUCUACCGCCACAGCUCAUUCUCAUCCCAAUACGCCAACCUCUACUCCCACCCCUCCUCCUCCUCCUCAAACCACAGGGUCAGGGGCUCCUCCCUUGCCCCCUCCUCCUUCUCAGACCCCAGGGUCAGCCCUUACCUCCACACCUCCUCCCCUUCUUUCUGCCCCGGCACGGAAUCCAACUCCUCGCAGACUCCCUGUCCCUUCCCAAACCCCAGUCGGCAUUCCCGGGCCGGGGUCCGGCGGCCCGACCCCUCUGACAGCCACCGUCCCUCCCCUGUCUCCCACCGCUGCAGGCCCCCUUAGACUCUCCCCGACUCCUGCGGGCUCAUCAGCCACCCCAACCCCGCCAGGUGGGCGAGGGGUUUCAGAAACGGCGGGCUCCGUUACAGCUGCCGACCCGGGCGCCGAGAACGCCUCCCCUUCGGAUGCUCUGGCCACCUCUGCCGUCCAGCCGGUUGACCCUUGGGGCUCGGGGGAGGCCGGGCCGGGACCCUCCCUCCCCGUCGGGGCGUCUGUGGAUGGAUCCGGCCUCCGGCUAGAUAAGUGGGCCCUCCUCGGGGCGCUGGUUGCUGGGGUCUCCUUCCUGGCGGUUGGCAUCGCCAUCCUGGGCCGGAAGCUCUUGGAGUCCCUUCGGAGAAAACGCUACUCCAGGCUGGAUUAUCUCAUCAACGGAAUCUACAUGGGCAUUUAGCGAGGACACGUUCUUUCACGGUCCUCAGCCCGCGGAUUCGAAGGGCUCUUGCCCCGUCCCAGUGGCUGCUCCGGGGGAAUCGUGAGUUGCGGAGAGAGCACGGGCCUGCCGGUCGGAGGUUCUAAUCCCUGCCCUGCUGGGUGAGCUUGGGCAAAUCGCUUCACUUCUCCGGGCCUCAGAUAUCCUAUCUGUAAAAUGGGGAUUAAAUCCUCCAUCCUCCCACUUUGACUAUGAGCCCCGUGUGUCCAACCUGAAUAACUGGUAGCUACCCCAGCGCUUAGAACAGUGCUAGGCACAUAGUGAGAGCUUAAGUACCUUAGUUUAUUAUGAUCGUUACUAUCGUCACGGCCCAAGGAAUCAGCGGAGCAAAAGAGCUUCCAGUUUGUAGGGAGAGAAAGACUGACGUGAACCAGUACGACUUGCUGGCGUGAUUUCCUGAAGAGGUCCUAGCGGGAUCAGAAUCACGCGGCUGGUACCUCUGACAUCACGCCCUGCGUCGUUUCCCUUUGAAGGAAUCCACGGAGCUCCGGUGUCCCACUCUUUUCCCAUCUUGCCGAUCCAGAAUUGAAUAAAUACGUGGCUGUAGAUCCGGGCGGGGUGAGCUCAAUAAACGCCACUGACGAUGAUGA